UUUUCAACGUCGUGUUACAUAAAUUCUGUGUUUUGAAAACGAAAUGUAUUUAUUUUUAUAAGAAUGGGUCAACCGAUAAAAAUCUUCGUAGGAAAAGGAAACUCGACGACGAUACGAAUGCGUUACGUUUUUCUGCUUGCCAUAAUAUUUGGAGGCAGUUUCCUUUUACUGUUAAUUAAUAAUGGAGGUGACAUUAUUUUUGUAAACAAUGACGUAAGUUCUGCAUGGAGAGCACACCGGUUCGAGAUUGUUAGUCCUGACGAUACCUUCACUAUAAAAACGGAAGGAUGCACUAUCCCCGGUUUGAAUCCUUUCGGUGAAGACAUAAAAAAAUUUAUUGAUCGCCCCAAAAACAUAAAACAAUGCCACCAAUCAAACAUAUCUUUACUUGAUAAUAAUGAAACACAUAUAUGGAUCAACAAAGAAAAUUUGCAAUACUACGACGUACCUCGAAAUCAGAAUAUUACUUGCUGUUACCAAUCAUUCUAUCGACCAUUGGCUAUUGUGGAUAUUUCUUCUAUGGACGUAGAUGAUAGAGUAAAAUAUGAAACAUGUGUUGAAUUUUCUAACUCCAUAGAAGUUAUGAAUGAAUUCGUGAGAGUAUCUUGCAUUUACAAGGAGGAAAUACUUUAUGAACAGUUUUUUCUGUUUACGCCCAAAAAGCCAUUCUUGUCAUUCAAGGAAGAAUUUGUAGAAAUCCCACAAAAUCAAACAGCAUAUAAUAUUAUAAUAGUGGGAAUAGAUGCUAUCUCAAGAUUAAACUUUUAUAGAACGAUGCCCAAAACAUUGGCAUAUUUAAAGAAGAAGGGUGCGAUCGAAUUUCACGGCUAUAACAAAGUUGGAGAUAACACCUUUCCCAAUCUGACUCCUAUUCUUCUCGGCAUGAAGGACACCGAUUUGAAAAGAACGUGCUGGCCUAAUAUGAGGGCGACAUUUGAUAAUUGCCCUUUUAUUUGGGAUUUGUUUAAAGAUGUCGGUUACUAUACAGCACUAGGUGAGGACACGGCCACCUUAGGAACGUUUAAUUUCGAAAAAUUCGGUUUUAGCCGCACACCUACAGAUUAUUACCUGCACACAUUCAUGCACGAAGCUGAACGUUAUACCGGCAAUAAUAGAGAUUUUAAUUCGUACAUAUGCAUGGGAAAUAAAUAUUUCUACAAAGUUCUAUUGGACUAUAUAGGAAAUUUAGCGAUGAGCCUGAGGACUUCUAAACUAUUUGGAUUCUUUUGGGAAGUCACUAUGAGCCAUGACUAUUUGAACUAUCCAAUGGCUAUGGAUGAAAAUUAUGAACUACUGCUAAAAAAGCUCGACUACACGCGAUACUUAGACGAUACUAUUUUGAUAGUGCUGAGCGAUCACGGCAUAAGAUGGGGAGAUAUUCGAUUCACAAAACAGGGAAGAUUGGAAGAGCGUUUACCGCUAAUGCAUAUACUUUUACCAAAUUCGUUUCGCGAGAACUUUUCAUUUGCGUACGAAAAUAUGAAAAUAAAUAGCCAUCGACUCACAACACCGUUCGAUGUGUACGCAACUUUAGUAGAUCUGAUAAAUGUAGACAAAAUAAAAAACGAAAACAUCAAACGUAGAUCUCUAACUGAUUACGCGAACGACAGAAGCAUUAGCCUAUUUUUACCAAUUCCAGGCAAUCGCACCUGUAAGAUAGCUGAUAUAGAUGAUCACUGGUGUACAUGUCAUAAAGGACAGAAAAUAGCGAUCGACAGCGUAGAAGCGUACGAAGCUGCCGGAAAUUUAAUAGGGCAUUUAAACACAUUGAUACACGGACAUCCCCAAUGCGCUCGGCUCUCGCUUGUAGAAUUAGUCGAAGUGACAGAAAUGUUGGCGGGGACACCAAAUGAAAGUGAAAUAGGAUGGAGAGAGUUCUUGGUUGUUGUACGAACAGCUCCUGGGAAUGGAGUGUUUGAAGCAACUCUUCGGCAUGACGCUCGGGACUGGUCGCUCGCUGGUUCCAUCAGCCGUUUGAACAUGUACGGCAAUCAGGGUUAUUGUAUUCAUCACUACCAACUCAAACUGUACUGCUACUGUCAGUAACGCUGAAAAAGUAAUUGCAGACAUAUAAAAAGACAAAUAUCUGUGAUAUAAAAGGAUAGACAUUAGUAUACUUGCGUCAGUAUUUAGGGUAAGUACACUUAUGUCUGUACUGUAAGCGUCAAAUCGCAACAAAACAACGCAUAAGUAUUAUUUCCAUUGAAAUUUUGCUCAAAACAUUACAAAUCUAGCUUACAAUAUGGAAUACAUUAGUAAAGGGCCCUGUGGUUUUACUACCAUAAUCAAAAGCAGUAUUAUUUUAAAAUUCAGAUUUAACUGACAUACUUAACUAUGUUCCUAUGAACAUCCCAACAGAAAUAAAUGCCAUGCGGAAGUCGCUGCCGUUUUGUCAAUUAAUUCGUAUUGGCAUCAAACAGACGUUAUAAAUCGCUUAAUUGACGCGUAACGAAAGGGAGGGCCAAACAAACCGCGGCGUCCAACUUGCAUACGGCGUUCAAGGUUGCCCCCAGCGAACAACCAAUCACAAGAAGCACGCGUUCUGGCAGGUGUCAUGUCAAUGGUAGUACUCACGAUACGAAUUAGACGCCGCUAAGGACGCAGGUUAAAAGCGGCGCGGCGGUAUGGCUAUAUCCAGUAUCACCAAGAUUUUAUUUGAUCUUGCAGUUCAAGUUAGCAUCUUCUUUUGCUAGUGGUUAAAACAGUUAAAUUCCGUUAUCUAAAUUAGAAAACAUCUUCCACCAUUGAGGGACCGAGAAUUAUCUUAAUAGACCUUAAUUCUGAAACAAGGAUGUCAUCUAUAUUAAAAUACUCCUGCUAAUGGUUUUAAGCCGGGAUUCUCUACGGCAUUGAUAUCCCUAAUGCGCACAAAAUCAAUUUUUACAUCAAGACUAAUAAGAAGAGUGUGUGUUACUGUAUAACCAGCCAGUGUGCAUUAUUAGCUGCCCCUGCGUGAUUGCGUGUAAAGAGAAACAAGAUCGAAUAGAAGUCAUAGCUUUAUUUAGUGCUUGCGAGACUUCUGAGUCCUACGUGAUGACGUGUUUGUGGAUGAAGCAGCGCAGCAGAAAUCGUUUAUAGCGCGAUGUACGCUAAUGUGUGUUUGGGUACUAGUAGAGACAGACAAUGAACUGGGUCCUUAUAUGCUCAAUGGAGACCCUGUGGCGUAGUUCU